GGGCCGGGCGUACGGGCUGUAGCUGGGUGCGUACGGGCUGUAGCUGGGUCCGCCCGGAUUCCGGUCUCCGGGGCCGCUGGUUGUGGACCUCGGAAAAGCCUUCGUGCCGUUCGCGCUGCGUCGGGGCUGUGGCUGGACGCUCGGGGAGCCCGGCGUCGGGAGCGGACCGGCGGCGUGCUACCCAGUAUAGAAGAUCGCAUAUGAAUCAGUUUAAGAACAUGCAAGCUUUGAAGAGCUGAAAAAACCCCAGCAAUAAACCUGUGUUUUCAAACUAUCUAGGUUGAAAUUUGCCUCUGACAAACAAAAUGAUGAAUGAUGCAAGUGACAUGUUGGCUGCGGCAUUGGAACAGAUGGAUGGUAUUAUAGCAGGUUCUAAGGCCUUGGAAUAUUCCAAUGGGAUUUUUGAUUGUCAGUCUCCCACCUCUCCCUUCAUGGGCAGCUUGCGAGCUCUGCACCUUGUGGAAGACCUGCGUGGAUUAUUAGAGAUGAUGGAAACAGAUGAGAAGGAAGGCUUGAGAUGCCAGAUCCCAGAUUCAACAGCAGAGACACUUAUUGAAUGGCUUCAGAGUCAAAUGACAAAUGGACACCUACUUGGGAACGGAGAUAUGUAUCAAGAAAGGCUAGCACGCUUAGAAAAUGAUAAAGAGUCCCUUGUUCUUCAGGUAAGCGUGUUAACAGACCAGGUGGAGGCUCAAGGAGAAAAGAUUCGAGAUUUGGAAUACUGUCUUGAAGAGCACAGAGAGAAGUUGAAUGCCACAGAAGAAAUGCUGCAGCAGGAGCUUCUGAGUAGGACAUCCUUAGAAACCCAAAAGUUGGAUCUGAUGGCUGAAAUAUCUAACUUGAAGUUAAAAUUGACAGCUGUAGAGAAGGACAGACUGGAUUAUGAAGACAGGUUCAGAAACACAGAAGGACUAAUACAGGAGAUCAAUGAUUUGAGAUUAAAAGUUGAUGAAAUGGACAGUGAAAGACUUCAGUAUGAAAAAAAGCUUAAAUCAGCCAAAGAUGAACUGGCAUCUUUAAAAGAGCAACUAGAAGAGAAAGAAGCUGAAGUAAAAAAGCUACAAGAGAAAUUGGUUUGCAAGAUGAAAGGAGAAGGGAUUGAAAUUCUUGAUAAAGAUGAAAAUUUUAAAAAGAAGCUCAAAGAAAAAAAUAUUGAAGUACAAAAAAUGAAAAAGGCUGUGGAAUCUUUGAUGGCAGCAAAUGAAGAAAAGGACCAGAAAAUAGAAGAUCUCCGACAGUGCCUGAACAAGUACAAGAAAAUGCAAGACACAGUGGUACUCCCUCAAGGUAAAAAAGGCAGAGAUGGUGAAUAUGAAGACCUGUUCAAUUCCAGUCCCAUCUCCACUUUGUUGGAUACACAGGGCUUUAGUGAUCUGGAAAAAAGUCCAUCCACUUCUCCAGUAACGGCAUCUCCCAGCCAUGACCCAUUCAACACAAGUAUUCCAGAAGAGCUCCACACCAGCAUCUUGCAAGUUUCAAUCCCUUCAUUAUUGCCAGAAUCCAUAGGCAUGGAAACUGCUGAAAAAUCAAAAUUGCCUCCUAAGCCGGAGACUUCAUUUGAAGAGAAUGAUGGAAAAAUAACCCUUGGUGCUGCUGUUGAAACCCAGCUGGGUGACAGUAUUUUAACUUCAAGUCUACAAAAAUCCAGCAGCCUGGGAAAUCUGAAGAAAGAGACAUCAGAUGGGGAUAAAGCUCCAGGAGAAAAUAGCAUGUUUGGGAGUCUCCCUCCCAAAGCUGCAGGCCAUGAGGCCUCUGUGGAUGACAACACUUUUGGCACUCGAAAAGUCAGAUCUUCUUUUGGUCGGGGCUUUUUUAAAAUCAAAAGUAACAAGAGGACAGCAAGUGAACCAAACUUGGAUCGUAAACGAAGUGCCAGUGCACCCACCCUAGCUGAAACAGAAAAGGAGACAGCAGAGCACCUGGAUCUGGCUGCUGCAUCUUCUCAGCCCAGAGAUUCACAGGGGAACAGUACCUUCCAGAUGUCUCCACUUUCUCCAGAUUCCAAAAAGAAAUCCAGAGGUAUCAGGAGACUCUUUGGAAAACUUAGGAGAAGUCAAUCGACCACAUUCAACCCAGAAGACAUGUCUGAACCUGAAUUCAAAAGAGGAGGGACAAGGGCAACUGCAGGUCCUCGGUUGGGUUGGUCUCGUGAUCUGGGACAGACUAACAGUGACUUGGAUAUGCCUUUUGCCAAAUGGACCAAGGAGCAAGUUUGUACUUGGCUGGUGGAACAGGGGUUGGGGUCCUACCUGAAUUCUGGCAAACACUGGAUUGCAUCUGGUCAAACCCUUUUGCAGGCUUCUCAACAAGAUUUAGAGAAGGAACUUGGAAUCAAGCAUUCACUUCAUAGAAAGAAACUCCAGCUGGCAUUGCAAGCCCUAGGAUCUGAAGAAGAAACCAAUCACGGAAAGCUGGAUUUCAACUGGGUCACUAGAUGGUUGGAUGAUAUUGGCCUUCCCCAGUAUAAGACCCAGUUUGAUGAAGGACGAGUGGAUGGUCGAAUGCUCCAUUACAUGACUGUUGAUGACUUACUGUCUGUGAAGGUUGUGAGUGUGCUGCACCAUCUCAGUAUCAAAAGGGCCAUCCAAGUUCUGAGGAUCAAUAACUUUGAACCAAAUUGCCUACGGAGGCGGCCGUCAGAUGAGAGUAACAUUACCCCAUCUGAAGUUCAGCAGUGGACAAAUCAUCGUGUGAUGGAGUGGCUGCGCUCAGUGGACUUGGCUGAAUAUGCCCCCAACCUCAGAGGCAGUGGGGUCCAUGGUGGACUCAUGGUGCUAGAACCUCGUUUUAAUGUAGAAACAAUGGCUCAGUUAUUAAACAUUCCACCAAAUAAAACGCUGUUGAGAAGACACUUGGCCACUCAUUUCAACCUUCUGAUUGGUGCUGAGGCCCAACAUCAGAAGCGAGAUGCCAUGGAGUUACCAGAUUAUGUACUUUUAACAGCUACUGCCAAAGUGAAGCCAAAGAAACUUAGCUUCAGCAAUUUUGGGAAUCUGAGAAAGAAGAAACAGGAAGAUGGAGAAGAAUAUGUUUGUCCGAUGGAAUUGGGACAGGCAUCAGGAAGUGUCUCAAAGAAAGGAUUUAAGCCUGGUUUGGACAUGCACCUGUAUGAUGAAGAUGAUUUCGAUCGGUUAGACCAGAUGGAAGAUUCAGAAGGGACAGUGAGACAGAUAGGUGCAUUUUCUGAAGGCAUCAACAAUCUAACACACAUGUUAAAAGAAGAUGAUAUGUUUAAAGAUUUUGCUGCCUGUUCCCCCAGUGCCAGUAUUACAGAUGAAGAUUCAAACAUUUAACUGUGGAAACUAGAUAAGCACUUGGAACCCUUAGUCUUUUUUCCACUUUAUUUUUCAAAUACAAUGUAUACAGCGGGCAAGGGAUUGUAUAUUGUUUAUCAUCUUAACUUCUGUUCUACAGAAGUGGAAAUGGAAAGUGGGAAAUGCUCCUAUUUAGAAGUUGCCACAAGGCUGGGGAUUUAGCUCAGUGGUGCCGCUGCCUGCUUUGCAAGUGCAAGGUCCUGAGUUUGAUCCCCAGUACCAAAAAAAAAAAAAGAGGAAAUUGCCACAAAAAUGAGACACUGGUAAAGAGUAUGAUUGUUUUUCCUCUAUUUAAUGUAAAAAUCUAUGAUAUAUUUAAAGUGUUACAUUUAAAAAUGAGUGUUUUACCAGUGUUUCCAUCCACAUCCCCAGUAUAGAGGGUUUGGGGAGCAGUAACCAGUGAGGGAAUGACUUUGUCACAUCUGCAUUCACCUCAGCCAUCUAUGCAGGACAUGCUGUGCUUUCAAGACCAAUAUGUAGGACUUUGUUAUGCACUCAAUGUGCCCACUAAAUGCCAGUCACACCUCCACUUGCCUCUUAUUUUAUAUUUUUCUAAAUAUAUAUAUAUAUAUAUACACACACACACAGUACGUAGAAAAUAAAAUUUUUAUGACAUAAGGAAGAUGAUGAAAAGGUCACAUCAAAAACAAAAUACCUCCCAAAUAUCUAAAUUUCCAUAUACCAGCCUAAAGAAACCAAAAUGAUACUUCUUUCUCCAUAGAUGAUUUUUAACAAUGUUGGUCAUUGAAACUAAGUUAAUAUACAUGAAAUACACCUUCCUUGAUUUUACCACAAAAUUCUUGAACAGUUUAAAUAUUUCAGUCUUAAUUUUGGAUCCAUUUACCUUAUAAGGAAGAAUUUGAGAGGCAUGAAUACAUUGUUAACUUGAAUGCAUUCAGAAGUAUUCAUACACCCUAAAAUUUUGCAAAAAAAUUUUCUACAGAAACAAAAAGCAAAACAAAAACCUUUACAGUAUUGUUUCUUAGUUUCCUCUUUGCCAAAUACAUCAUGAUAUCAUAAUACUAACAUUGCACUACACCUGCUAAUUGUAUGUUUUUCCAAGCUGUCAGUGGGGCAGAAUUCAAAAAUUCUGAGGCUGCAAAAUUAGUUCUGUAAUGACUUUUUUAGACAAAAUGUUACACAACACCAAAAUACUCUUUAUAAAGAACAUAGAAAACUGCAGCAAAAACUGUUUCCGUGUUUAUCUUGUUGUUGGUUUAGGAAAAGCCUGUUUUUCAUUCAGUGCUACGUAAUUGUUCAUGAUAGCCAACUGUGUAGAGUGGGUGUUUAUGAGUUGGAGCAGAGGUGGAGCAGAAGUGGGCAGUUCAGUUCGUCCCAGUGGACUUGGUUAUAAACUGUAUUGGAAUAUCAGUGCUAUUUUUCAUUUUCAGCAAGUUACCAAGCUAUUCAUCAAUGAUCUUAUAACUAAAUUAUUAUGUAUUUGUCACUAAAAUAAUUUGACACUAACAAUGGUUUUCUUUGAACUCUACCAUUCAUUAUUUGGUAACUGUAUUAGAUUCAUCCUGUAUUUGGGUUUUAUUUUAAUACAAAUUUAUGUCAUCAUUUGAAAAACUCAAAUUUGUUAGUAGAACCUGGUUCAAAAUACCAUAAGACUGUUACAGAUAGCAAAUAUUCUUCAUUCAGGACAAUAUAACAUAACUGAUGGUAUGGUUAAAUAGUUUGAUGAUAUAUUUUAUUUAUAAAAUAUAUGCUGCUGGUAAUGCCAUAUGAGAAGAAAUAAAGUCAAUUGAUAAUU